AUGCAUCAAAUCUCCCUGGAUCAUUACCCCUAUUUCACAAUCAGACAGAAUUCAGAGUUUUCUUUACCGAUGACAGAGUCAUAUGUUUUCUAUGUAAAUCCACCGGCUACACGCUCUAACACCUGCAAGAAAAUAGAAGCCGUAGCUCCAACCUCUAACAAAUCUCCGCGACCCACUUCUAUGGAAGAACCCUCUACGAAAAAACCUCAUGUGGAAGAAUCUUCCACAAACUCCCCCACAAAUAUGGAUAUCCCUGAAACGGCUAUACAUACCUCCACAUUAAAAAGUCAUAAAAACUUUUUCACAUCCCCUCAGACAAUGAAAGUUAUCACAGAAAAUCUUCAAACAAACGAAAUACUUCAGCCUACAUCCAUUAACCAGAAUCACAAACCCGAGAACCAUCACACAUCAUCUAAUGAACCAUAA